AUGCUUGGUAUUGAAGCAUCAAUGUCAUACACUGAAGAUUUAUUUUGUCCAGCUGAUGUUGAUAGUGAAUCUUUUUUUAAUUCAAAUUUUGAUAUAGACAAAUAUACAACAGCUGCAACGAAAGAUGAAAAAAGUGUUGCACAAUCGAAUAAUGAUUUAGCUAAAGCUUUUGAACAGGUCAAAUUACUUGCAAACACAAAAUGA